CAAUACCAUCACUACGCACCUCCCCAAAACCCCAAAUCCCUCUCUUUCUACGGCCGCCCACCCACUCAGCCACCGCCUCCGACCUUCAAAAAUGGCACGACUGGGCCAACACCCUCGCUUCAUCUGUUGGGUCAACGUUCGUCUACUUGGACAACGGUGCGGACUCAACCCUUCUUCGUAGAGCUCAAAUGGUUCGUGGAGGACGCAAUUGAAGAACCCGAAAAUGUUGAUAACAAUGGGGGACGCGUUAGGCUGAGGGUGGAAAUUGAGGAGCUUUAUAUGUUGUGGAAGCAGAGGGUUGAGGAGAGGAGGCAUUUUCAGUAUGUUGUCGGGUGCGAGCAUUGGAGGGACUUGGUGUUGUGUGUUGAAGAAGGGGUUUUGAUUCCGAGGCCGGAGACUGAGCUCAUUGUUGAUUUGGUGGGGGGUGUGGUUUUGGGGAAUGAUGGGUUGUGGGCUGAUUUGGGGACGGGGAGCGGCGCCAUUGCGAUUGGGAUUGUGAGGGUUUUGGGGAGUGGUGGGAGAGUCAUUGCUACGGAUUUGAGUCCCGCGGCAAUUGGGGUUGCAGCUUUUAAUGUGCAGGGGUAUGGUUUGCAGGGCUGCAAGCUGAAGUUGGACGGCAUGAACCUAGAGUUGCAUUGGACGGUGGUUUCAAUGACGAAUGGCGAGGAGCAGUGCAAGUAUCUUGUAGAGUACAUGGAAAACGAUGCUGGAGGCAGCUUUUGUAAUUUGAACGUGGUUCCCGAUUUUGCUGGUAUUAAUAGAUUUGUUACUGGAAUCCGAGUCACCCUUUCUUUUACUCUUAGAUAUACAACAACAACAAAGCCUUUUACUCUUAGAUAUAAACAAGAAAUAAUCAAAAUUUGUUUAUGAGUAAGAUUGAGAUUAGGCGGAAGUGUUAUGUCUAUACGCUAGUUUUCUAGUACUAGAGAUCCUUCUUUAAUUUUCUAAGUUCCAAGUUUCCUACAUUGCUGCUAGCACAAUCUCCUAUUUGUUUGACAAUGAUAUAGAUUGUUUUUCUUCUUUGGUGGAGAAUAGCCAAUAAAAUGAUAGCAUGUUUACGUAUU